UGCUGGCAGAACAUACAAAGAGGAGAGGAGGGACACAUUUUAAAGGAUACAGCGCACUUUCAGCAGCAGCAGCAGCAUUACUUCACUAUACUGCAAAACCACUAGUCUAUUCCCCCCCUGGAUUUUUCUAAUGAAUAUGGGAAGAGGAAACAAUGCUUUUCUGGCGAUUGUAUGGAUAUACUUGUUAAAAACGUGCGCAAGUCUUUCAAAUACUACAACCGAAGCAAACUUUCUGACUAACAGCACGGACUGGGUUGUCGAUUACAGCAACAUUGAAUCCAAGUUCUCUCUGCGCACGCCGGAGGUUCCCGACGAUGACACCUGUUACCUGGUCCCGGGACAGCCUGACACCAUCGCGCAAUGCAAAUUCAACCAGACCAUAAAGACCUUUGUGGUCAUCCACGGGUGGACGGUGACUGGGCUGUUUGAGAGCUGGAUCCCCAAGUUGGUGGCAGCGCUGUACGAGAGAGAGCCCCACUCCAACGUGAUCGUGGUGGACUGGCUGCACCGAGCGCAACAGCACUACCCCACCUCCGCUGCGUACACAGAGCUAGUGGGACAAGACGUGGCCAAGUUCGUGGACUGGAUGGAGAGUGAAAUAAACUACCCUUUGGAGAUGUUUCAUCUGCUGGGGUACAGUCUUGGAGCUCACGUUGCGGGCAUUGCUGGCAGUCUCACAAACAACAAGGUCAACCGAAUCACAGGCCUCGAUCCUGCCGGCCCCACGUUUGAGUAUGCGGAGGAGCAGCGGCGGCUCUCCCCGGACGAUGCUAACUUUGUGGAUGUGCUGCACACCUACACCAGGGGCUCUCCCGACCGGAGCAUUGGUAUCCAGAAACCAGUGGGCCACAUUGAUAUCUACCCCAAUGGGGGGGUCUUCCAGCCAGGCUGUGAUCUGCACAAAGCCAUGCUCAUGAUUGCUGCCAAUGGAUUUGCAGAUAUGGACCAGAUCGUGAAAUGCUCCCAUGAACGCUCCAUCCACCUGUUCAUCGAUUCGCUGUUGAACGAGGAGAAGGCGAGCAUGGCGUACCGCUGCAGCACCAAGGAAGCCUUCGACAAGGGACUCUGUCUGAGCUGCCGUAAGAACCGCUGCAACACCCUGGGCUACGAUGUCAACAAAGUGAGAAACAAGAGAAGCGCCAGGAUGUAUCUGAAAACCAGGGAGGUGAUGCCUUACAAAGUUUUCCACUUUCAGAUCAAGGUGCAUUUCUUCAACAGGAUAAACAUCUCCUUCACAGAUCAGCCAAUCACGUUGUCUCUGUACGGGACACAGAAUGAAGUCCAGGACAUUGCCCACUCCCUACCUGACAUGUCAACCAACAAAACCAUCUCGUUCCUGGUGACCACCGACGUGGACAUUGGAGACCUUCUCAUGGUGAAGAUGAAAUGGGAGAAGGAUUCUUACUUCGGCUGGUCCGACUGGUGGGGAAGCAACAACUUUAACAUCCGCAAGCUCAGAGUGAAAGCGGGAGAAACGCAGGAAAAGGUGGUGUUCAGUGCCAAAGAUGGUGAGUUUGCAGAUCUGAAGAGAGGAGGGGACUUUUCUGUCUUUGUGAAAUCUAAAGAAGACCAGGUUCGCAAGAGGCAUGCAAGGCAUCAUGAACACAAAAGACCUGCUAAGCGUUGGAUGAACUCCAAUUGAGUACGAUGCAAAGAUCGAAAAAGCAAUAUCGUCUUGAUAUGGAUUAUUAAAACAAUGGGAGUAAGAACUGGAAGCUAGUUAUUGGACAAUGACUGGCAUCCUGUUGUCUUGGUUAUUUGUAAGCACAGUAUAAAGCUGUUGAGCAUUUCAAUACAGUAGUUCAAUACAUUUUAGUUCGCUUUACAGUAAUGUAAUGAGGGGGACUGGGUCAUAUUUAGCACUUGUCACCAAUGUUCUUUACCUUUUACUGGAGCUCUUGAUAUCUGCUUAUUGAUUUCCUCUUCUGUGUAAAAACUGAAAUUAAAUUGGUCUCCUAUUUUAAACUGGAUUGAGUUGGAUUUUAAAUAUGCGCAUAUAUUUCAUAGGGCAUGGAGCUGAGAUGGUUUUUAACCAAGUAAUUGUAACUUUCACAAAGCAAUCUAUUAAACCCUAAACCCUGUUACUCACUGAAACACGCAUGCACAGACUUUAUUAUUAUUUUUUUAAUAUACAGACAAAGUCUGUAAAUUAAUCCACUAAAGAGUUUUUUUUUUUUUUUGCAAAAUACUCUGGCUUCAACACGAGACAAGUUUGUCCUGUGGGAUCAGAGGGCUCAAAUUUAUAGCUUUAAAAAUUGUUCUCUGUAAUUUGAGACUUCCUGUCUGGUGUGUGUCUUUUACAUGGAGAUCAUAUAUUGAAAACAAUCUCUCCAAUCCAGUUUGAUUAACUUAAAAAUCCUCUUUCUCCCAAAGAUUAUAUGUUUAACAUACCAGGCUUUACCAAGAGUCAAAUAAUGUAAAAAAGGGAACUUAAGCUAUCACCUCAAAGAGACUUGGAAAUGAAGUUAUGUAAUGUAUAUAUUUGUGUAAUAGACUGUAUAUAUUUGCUAGUUCUCCCAAGCCCAUCUAUAUUUUCCAGAGCUGUAGUGCUUGGCUUUUAAAAAAAAAAAACAUUUCUGUAUGCUUUUCCUCAAGCCACUCAUUAAGGCACAAAGUGUCAAAAUAGUCACAGAGUGAUCUAACAUGUGCUGACCAGAGCAAAACCUGGCGUGAAGAAAGAAGGGAAAUGCUGCAUGCCUUAAAGUUUAGGCUGUUGCAUAAAAAGCCGCAAAAAAAAAAAACAUGUUUGUAAUGGUGUUUUAAUAACUUUAUACACAUGAUACUGUAAUAAAGACUUGCAAUAAUGCACACUAGAGUUGGGUGUUGACAGAAGCACUUUGGCACAAAUUGCACAAUAUAAAUCCAAUUUUAGAACCAGACGGGUUCACGAGAUGAACUUGUGUAUGCCUGUGCUGAAGUUGAAUAAUAGGUGUUUAAGCUUGUUCUGUAUUUUGUUUGGAUGGAGUGGCAUGUUCUUGAAACCAGAUUACAGUAACUUCCAUUAUGUUGGCUAGGUUUGAAGACGUCUAGCAGUAGACUCUUGUCGGUUUGCUAAAAGUACGUGAAUGUGAUCACCUGUGUAUAGUAUGCUGCAGUCUUCCUAAUCUUGUCUGUUUGCUACAUAGAAAGAACUGUCUUCAAUAAAGAAGCAAUUUGCAAAGGGUUAUCCAUGGUAGACACCCAGAAGGAGACUGUGUUCUGCAGUAUAUAUAAUUUCUUUCCAAUGUUAUAUUUGUGAAAGUUGUUCACUGCACACUAAUGGGUGUUGCGGCAGUAACUCAUGUUGCUUGGUCUGUGUACAGGUUUGCAGUUCUAAACAAUUAUUUAUUCUGCUGUAUGGAAGUUAACUGAUUGUGAAGCAUUGUUUUGUGACAAUACAGUACUUACUCUGCAGAAGCGUUUGGGCAACUCUUGUGGGAGAGCGGAGGAGUCUUGACUGUUCCAUCGUGUUGCAAUCAGUCCUGUAGAUUAUUAUUUUUUUGCAAUUGUGUAAUCUGUAUAACAAAAACAGCAACUGGCAGUAUGACUCUUCUGUGAAUGUAUCCGCUGGCUUUGAUGUUCUACUCAAAUUGCAUUUAUUGGAGCUGUUUACAAAAUAAAGUUGUGCCAAAAAAAUUGUUUUUUUUUUGGUUUUUCACAAUG